AUGACUAUUUUGCUUUCUAACUCGUAUAAUUUUACAGUUUCAAACUCACUCUUAAAAGUUGAUACACGUGGUUAUGAACCAGAUGAAUUGACUGUACGUUUAUUAGAUGAUAAUUUGUUAGUACAAGGAAGAAAAAAAUCAUCAUCAUCGAAAUCAACAGACAGUAAACAAUUUGGUCAAAGUAUUCGUUUACCUGAUGGAAUUGAUAAAUAUAAUGUUACAGCACAAGUUAUGGAUGAUGGAAUGCUUUUUAUUGAAAUACCAUUAAUUAAUUCAUCAAUGUAUCGAUGA